CCAAGUGAUAGCGAGGAAACGUUGUCGUACCUCAGUCUCUCUCGGUAUCGCAUCCUCUCCUCGUGCUACCACUUCAACAUAAACUUGUAACUCUAUUAACCGGUAGCAGAGCAUAGACUACACUGUGUUAUUAUUUAUUUAUUUUUUUUUUUUUUAGUGCAUUGUUUGCUUAGUUCUUGUGUCAAAUUUAAUUAUUUUUAUUAUUUUAUUUUUUCUCACCAAUAGACUUCCUCGUGACCGCUGUACAAAAGAGAAACUUAACGGUCUUAUUUUGAAUUAAGAAUUCGCGGAGUUUACUCUGCAUUGGUAUUGAUAAUAGAAAAAAAAAAAAAAGGUAACUGAGGAAACGAUAAUCAUGAGAUUGAUUUAUUGUUGAAGAAAUAGAACACAAAGAAGAAAUAUUUCUGAGGCCAGUGGGAAAUUAUUUUGUGAAAUGUCGAAGGUUUGGAUAAUUGCGGCAAUUUAUUUAACUAGGAUUUCGGUAUUUUGUCUGACACCAGACGAAAUCGAAGCUCAAAGAAGUGGCUGGAAUGUAAAUCCAAAUACCCAAUAUCACAUUCAAACUGACGAGGGACCAGAGAGAUACUUUCGAUUUCAAACACUCAAUGGGCAAUUUCGUAAAGAGAAAAGACUUGAAGACGGUACUGUUGUCGGUACUGAAGGAUGGCUUGAUCCUCUAGGUUAUUUAAGAAUUAAAGAUUACAUCGCCGAUCGCGAAGGCUUUAGGAUACUUAAGUCUAAGACGGUCUAUGUAGGAAUAAAUAGACCUAUUGAAGACGCUGUUGCUGCCAGUAAACGAGUACCACCUACAAGUGGAAUUCUAGUUAAACCACGGCGACCUCCUAAUCCAUUUAGACAACCAGCAUUACAAGAUUUUUCGAGCAACAGUAUUGAAAGCAACACAAUAAAACCAUAUCGAGCGUAUUCACCAUCAGAAAAUUCGAGAAGAUUCAUUGUACCAUCAACAACAUCCUAUCCACGUUCAAAUUAUUACUCAACGACAAUAACACCAAUAGCAAUUGCCAAUGAAUUACCAAAGCCCAUAACAACGAAUUAUAUACGACCGUAUCGAGUUUAUAAUCGAUCUUACAGAAGAUCUCAUCCUUACAUUGGAUCACCGACUGUCGAAAUACAGCCGCCAGAAGAUCCUAGUAAUAAUCUUAAUGAUAAUAAUAAUAAUAACAAUAACAAUAACAACAACAAUGAUAAUGACGAAGCAGUAAAAGUAACUCCAAAGUCAACUUAUGGACUUUAUCGUCUAGAUAAUCGAAGAUAUCGCGCAGCCCUCGCGUCAGGACGUUUUAACACGACAUCAAGACAAAUACGCACCCGUCGACCCAAUUACACAACUGAAAAAUCUGACAGCCAAACAAAAGAAACAUCAAGUCCCGUUUACUACAGUCUACCAGCGAAUCCUCGAGCUCGACAACCUCGACUUUCUCAGGGUAUUUCGUCAGCCCCAGCAGAAUACGAAUUUCCACAGUACGACGGGACUCACACAACAGCUGAUGGUUUUCAGUAUUAUCUUAAGACUCACUAUCACGAAGAAGAACAACAACCUGACAAAAGUAUCGGGUCAUUUGGCUACGUAGAUCCGUUUGGUAUCAGACGAGUCGUUUACUACAAAGCUGACGGACAAAACGGUUUUGUCCAUAAAAAAAAUAAUCGUUACGUAGGUUUCGAUGCCACUCCAUACGAUCCCGUGCCACCUAAAGCGAACUGAUGUGUUAUUAAUUAAUAAUUUAAAAAAGUAAUUAUUUUGUGAAUUUUUAGUCAAGAGCCUUCGUCCUAGAUGCCUUACUCAUAAAAAUUAACUCGGCGUGCCAGUCGAUAGUUUUACGGUUGAGUUUGAACGACAAAAUGUGUGAAUGUGGUCCAUUUAUAUUUAAAAAAUAAUUUAAUAAUCUACUCCUUUUUUCGCUUCAACUUCACACAAUCAUUUAUUUAUACGGCUUCCAUAACUUCAUAAUUAUUAUUAUUGAUUUUAGUCAACCAUCUUUAAAUGGAGAUUAGUAUGAACGAAAAAAAAGGUGCUCCAAGUCUUUUGAUGUCAUUUUAAAAAUACUGACGUACCCAAAAGUUAGUUUGACACAAGCGUACAUAGCGCGAAGUAAACGUAACAGGAUUAUCAAUUAUUAUAUUUUUUUUCGAUCAGGUAGAAAGAUAGUUGACAAGUAACAAGUAACAAGUAACUCGACAUUCAAUUCCUACUUGUCAAUUUUUUUUUUUACACGGCUACUAAUUUUUUUUUAGUCAAA